AUGCAGAAUUUACCGGAGUUAAAGCGUCUACAACGCCUCGAUGAGGCUGAGAACAACGCAUUGAAGAAGUUAUGCCAACAUUCGAGCAUCUUCACCGGAUGCGGCAAGCCUACGGAGCAGUGCGUGAAUAACGUCUCUGGUCGUGAUCGCCUUUCGAUGGGCGAGCUGAGUAUACAUGUAAGCGUCCAGUACAAGGCUACCGACAAAUACUUUGAGCACAGCCCUGAUCUUCUCAUAGACAAGACCAGAUAUCCGGAUCACCCCAGCACAUCGCGCAAGUCGACGAAUGGAUCGCUUUGA